ACUUUUAUUUGUAUGAAUCCAGACGUCAUAAUUCGGUUCACAGCAAAAUGUGUACAUACUUUUUGUAUGGAUUGUCUUGUCAGACUACGCGUAAGUGAUAUAGAAUAUUUGAAGAAAUACAAUUAGUUCAAACAUAAAAUAUCAAGUCAAAAUUUAGUAACAAUGUCUGUGGAAGUAAAUGCCGAAAGUCAAAAAGAAUUUACUGAUGUGGACAUAAAUAACGGAGUCUCACUUGGUGAAGACGAUGAAGAGGAGGAAAUUCAAGUGCCGCAUAAUAAUAAUCAAACAGAAAAUGACAUGUUCCCAAUAACUCCAACUGAUGAUAUACAUCGCCAUAUCUCAAACAGUAAUCUCCAAGAAAUCAUGACAGAUAAUGGUGAUUAUUUUAUUGAAAUAAUCAUAUCAGAACCCCAAAAAGUUGGUGAUGGUAUUAGCUCCUACUUAGCUUAUAAAGUUACAACGAAAACAAACAUUCCAAAAUAUCAACGCAAUGAAUUUAGUACCCUGCGACGUUUUAGUGAUUUUCUAGGCAUACAUGAUUUGCUAGCUGGCAAAUACACAAGACUUGGAAAAAUAAUUCCACCGGCACCGUCAAAAAAUAUAAUUGGAAGCACAAAAGUUAAGAUGAGCCCACAACAAACUGAACCGGGAUCUGCGGUAAAUCUGGAAUGGGUUGAAACCCGUCGUGCCGCAUUGCAGCGUUAUGUUAAUCGCACUGCUCAACAUCCAUUAUUGCGUGUUGAUUUAGAUUUUAUAAAUUUUUUAGAAAGCGAUCAGGAACUUCCGCGGGCUGUGAACACAUCUACAAUUAGCGGCGCCGGUGUUAUGCGAUUUUUUAAUAAAGUUGGUGAGACUGUUAAUAAGAUGACAUAUAAAAUGGAUGAAAAUGAUCCUUGGUUUGAUGAAAAGAUUACUGAAGUGGAGAAUCUUGAUGCCAAUUUACAAAAAUUACACUCAGCACUUAAGUCACUCGUUACAACGCGUAAAGAAUUAUCAGCUUUAACAGGGCUAGUGGCAAAAUCCGCAGCAAUGUUAAGUACUUGUGAAGAGCAUACGGGUUUGUCACGUGCACUUUCCAACUUAGCCGAUGUGGAAGAAAAAAUCGAAAUUCUACGUUCUGAACAAGCAAAUUCUGAUUUCUUUAUUUUAUCAGAAUUUGUUAAAGAUUAUUUAGGUUUAUUUGGCGCUAUUAAAUGUGUAUUUCAUGAACGUGUUAAGGCUUUUCAAAAUUGGCAAUUUGCGCAAUUGCAAUUAUCUAAACGACGGGAAAAUAGAGGUCGUUUUGAAUUAUCAAAUCGCACAGAUAAAAUGGAGCAAGCCCAUCAAGAAGUAUCAGAGUGGCAAAUUAAAGUUCAACGUUGCCAGCAACAAUUUGAUGACAUAUCCGCUGAAAUUAAAAAGGAAAUGGAACGUUUCGAACUGAAUAGAGUUAGAGAAUUCAAAGCAAAUAUUGUGAAAUACAUCGAAGAUCAAAUGGCACACCAGCAACAAAUAAUUACAUAUUGGGAAGCGUUCGUUCCGUCAGCUAGAGACAUUAACUAAAACUACUUUGUUUUCAGUAUUGAAAAAGUAUAAUUUGUUGUAUUAAAAAAAAAUUUUUCUGUAAUUGUUCAAAUGCUAAGCAGCGCGUAAUUGUUUUAUUGUAUAAUUAAUUAUGUAUUUAUUAUUGGGACCAAUUCGCAAAAUUUGAAUUUGAAAUUCUUAACGUCUGUCGAAAAUUUCCCAGUUUUCUUAUAUUGCCUGCUGCUGCUACUGAUUUACCUCGACUUAUGUACAUUUCAACACGAAUAUGCUUAUUUAAUAAACAAAAUACACCUAAACGUUCCAUGUGUAUUUAAAAUGCAUUAUUU